AUGGAGCAGCCAAGUAUCAAGGCGAUCGACAAGGUCUCUGUUGCAAGGAUUUGCUCCGGCCAGGUCAUCACGGACUUGGCCACUGCGGUGAAAGAGCUGGUCGAGAACUCCUUGGAUGCCGGGGCGAAGCACGUGGAGGUGAAGCUCAAGGAGUUCGGUGUGGACCUCAUCGAAGUAUCCGACAACGGCUCCGGCGUAUCUCCGUCCAACUACGAGGGGCUAGCCCUGAAGUACCACACCUCCAAGCUCGCCACCUUUUCGGACCUCACCGGUGUCAGAUCCUUCGGCUUCAGGGGAGAGGCGCUCAGCUCUCUGUGCGAGCUUGCCGGGUCCUUCUCGGUGACAACGCGGACGGCCGACGAGAGCGUGGGCGUUAAGCUAGCCUACGGGAGGAACGGAAAGAUGCUCGGCAAGGAGACGGCGCCGCGUCAAGUCGGGACAACCGUGAGCAUAUCAAACAUGUUCGAGCCGCUGCCCGUUCGGCGUGGGGAGUUCCGACGCAACAUCAAGAAGCAGUUCAACAAGCUUCUGCGAGGGAUGCAGGCGUACGCCUUGAUCAGCCUCGGUGUCCGCAUCACCGUCACCAACACCAAGGCUAAGGGGGGCAAGCAAACCCACAUCGGGACACAGUACAACAACAAGCUGGACGACAACGUGACCAACGUGUUUGGAGCCAAGUUUCUGAAGACGCUGUCGCCUGUUAGCAUCUGCUUGCCCGAGGAAGGGACGCAGAAUGAGGAAGAGGAAGAGGAAGAGGAAGAAGAAGUUGAGAACAAGAAGCAGGGCCAGCAAGGGGGUAGUGUGACGGGUUCGGGUGCGCAGAAGGCCAAGGACGGCGAGCGCAAGAUCUGGGGCAUGGUGUCCAAGGCGGGAGUGGGAGUUGGGCGCGCGGACAACGACCGGCAGUUUCUGUAUCUGAACGGACGACCUGUCGACCUACCCAAGUUCACGCGUGCGGUGAGCGAGGUGUGGCGGGCGUACGAAAUGAAGCAGAAGCCGGCCUUCAUACUUGACCUCAGGCUGCCCCCGGGCACGUUCGACGUCAACGUCACCCCCGACAAGAGGGAAAUAUUCAUGACCGGGGAAGCAGAGGUGCUAGACUGCUUGAAGACAGCGCUGCACAAGCAGUGGGAGUCUUCGAGGUACACCAUUCCCGUCAACCAAGGGCAACUCGUCCAGGCGCGGCUGACGGACGGGGCGGCGUUCACGCUGCGGGACACGGCGGCGGCAACGUCUCCGCCGCCCCCGGAAGCUCGCGGCGGCGCCUCCAGCGUCGGCGUAGUGUCGCCGGGGCCCCUCGAGGAUCACGUUGCCGCAGAAGAAGCCUCCGGUGGCAAGGACGAGAUGGAGCUCGUUUCCGGGGAAUGUUCCAAGAAUCAGGGGACCAAGGACCGUGUAGAAGUGGUGGAAACACGUCGCGAAAGCGGCGGCGGUGCCACCGACUGGCGAGAAUCCGAGGGGAUGAAGAGAGAAAGAAGGACAAAGAGCGCGGAGGACAGAAAGCGCAGGACUCGCGACUUUGAUGCGCCGGCGGGGGCGAUGCGAUCACUCGACCCCGUGAGAAGCGAAGGCGGAGACCGGCAGCGGUCGACAAGCCCUUCCAACCCGAAACGCCACCGCGGGGUUGUUGCGGAGAGCGACGACGGGGUCGGCGAGGGCCGCGCUAGCGGCAAAGCAGCCGCGAGCGUCGACGGGGACAAAGCUGGCAGCAGCGUACAAGACACGCAAGGCGGCAAUGCGACACCUGCCAAGGACCACGGUGAUGUGGACGGGGGAUCGAGACAGCGGAGUCCCGAAGGCACGCUGGGCCCGAAAGAGGCCCCCCCCGAGAGGGACAGCUCAGUUCGUGUCGGCCACCCCCCAGCCUCUGCCGAGGGGGGUAAGACUCCUGGCGCACGACGAGAGACCAGCAGCGGUGCCGCUUGCCAACCCCUCGCGUAUGACAUGCGGAGCAUCCUCGGAGGGUGCCGCAGGGCGUCUCGAUUGACGCGAAAGCGAAACGCCCGAAACGCCUCUGCGGACUCGUUCUCUGCGAAGCUCUCUGGUUGCGGUGCGAAGGACCGAGACUCACAGGCAGCCGCGCGAGCGUUUUCAAGGGUUUUGCACAAGGAGCACUUCACCCAGAUGCGUGUGGUUGGCCAGUUCAACUUGGGAUUCAUGAUCUGCCUGUUGGGCUCAGAUCUGUUUAUCUUGGACCAGCACGCCUGUGACGAGAAGUACAACUUCGAGGUGCUUCAGCAAACCACUACCAUCCAUCAGCAGCCUCUUGUCAGGCCUCUACCUCUCGAGACCUCUGCUUCCGAGGAGAUGACCAUCAUCGACAACAUCGCCUUGUUCGAGAGGAACGGUUUCCGCUUCACGAUCGACGAUGACCAGCCCACAACGAAGAAGCUCAAGAUCACGGCGAUCCCCUUCAGCAAGGGCACGCAGUUCGGCGUGGACGACGUCCACGAGCUGGCGUCCAUCGUGGCGGACAACACCAACCCCGGAGAGAUGGUGCGACUCCCGAAGGCACGCGCCAUGUUCGCAAGCCGCGCCUGCCGGAGCUCGUUCAUGAUCGGGAAGGCGUUGGACAAGGGACAGAUGGCGCGAGUGGUGGCGAAGAUGGCCACCAUCGAGCAGCCCUGGAACUGCCCACACGGACGCCCGACGAUGAGGCACCUGGCAGAUGUGUCCGCGAGCUUGCGCACGGCAGCGGGGUUGGAGCCGCUGCUGACAGCAUGAGGGGCACCCUACGGUAGAAAGAUGUUGGGAGUUGGGAGGUGGUGACAAUCUGGUCUGGUGUCGAGAAAAGGUGCUCGAGUGCUAAAGUAUUUGUCUUGUGUGUGUCCAGAAUUGCACCGAAGAAAGGUGUAAGGACCGACGUCCAGACUAGUUGGGGCGAUUUGUAGAGUUGUUGUACCUGCUGCCUGAACAGACCCCGAAACGGAUGUUGACAGUUUUUUUCUUUAUAGAGUAUUUGCCGUGAUGAUCAAAUCAGGAGCAUCAGACAAGAG